GCAGGCGCAGGGAAGGAUCCGUUUUGGCGGGCGGUUGGCGUUGCGCAGGAGGCGGCAGCGGCGGUGGCUUGUGGCCUCACCACAGAAGAACAGGGGAGACGUUAGCGUGAGUGAUCGGUCUCGAUCCCGGGAACCCGGUGGCCUUACUCCUUCAGGGGCGUCAGCGUGAGACAUGGGGAAGAAAACCAAGCGGACAGCUGACAGCUCUUCCUCAGAAGACGAGGAGGAGUACGUCGUGGAGAAGGUGCUAGACAGGCGUGUGGUCAAGGGGCAAGUGGAAUAUCUACUGAAGUGGAAAGGCUUUUCUGAGGAGCACAAUACUUGGGAACCUGAGAAAAACUUGGAUUGCCCUGAGCUGAUUUCUGAGUUUAUGAAAAAGUAUAAGAAGAUGAAGGAGGGUGAAAAUAACAAACCCAGGGAGAAGUCAGAAAGUAACAAGAGGAAAUCCAAUUUCUCAAACAGUGCUGAUGAUAUCAAAUCCAAAAAAAAGAGAGAGCAGAGCAAUGAUAUCGCUCGGGGCUUUGAGAGAGGACUGGAACCAGAAAAGAUCAUCGGGGCGACAGAUUCCUGUGGUGACUUAAUGUUCCUAAUGAAAUGGAAAGACACAGAUGAAGCAGACCUGGUUCUUGCAAAAGAAGCCAAUGUUAAAUGUCCACAAAUUGUGAUAGCAUUUUAUGAAGAGAGACUGACGUGGCAUGCAUAUCCUGAGGAUGCGGAAAACAAAGAGAAAGAAACAGCAAAGAGUUAAAGGAGGGGGUGGUCUCUGUCAUUUCUCUUUGUACAUAAUACAUUCAGCUCCCUGCCUCCUCUCCUUUCUACCCAUCCCCUUCUAUCCUAAACACAUCCAUAAAAAAUGUGCUUAUCACUGUGCUCCACAGGAGAAAUGUUGGUAUUGGUUCUCUUGUAGCAUAACUGAUGGUCUGAUUCAUGAUAAGUGUCUCUCUGUGAAGACCAGGCAUUUACAUACUGUGUGUAAUUCCCAGCAUUUUUUCCUUUGCCCUACUCUCUUCCCUCUGCUCCCCUGUGACCUCAAGAUUAAUUUUAACUUUUUAAUCACCUUAGAGUCUUGAUCUUUUCAGGGUUGGUUGCUUUUUAGGUGGGGGAUUUUGUUAUAAUGAUGUUGAAUUUUGGUUUCGUGCUUUGGUUCUUAGAACAUGUUGAUGACCAGCUAGCCUUUGUUUUGAGAUGUUGGGAUGGAAAAGAUGUUGCCCGUCUUUUUAAAAAGCCAAUAGCAACUGCCUACCUGUUGGGGCUUUCCCAACCUCAUUCAGCUCUACCCAGGAGAAUACAGGGUUCCUGAUGUGGUCUUCUGGGCCACCCUGUGCCGUUCGUCCUCACCAUCCUCCCAGAAGAGUGGCAUCCUUUGGAGGGCUUGAAAUUUUACCUUCAGAUUUGUCAAGGCAUUCCUUCUACCCCCAGGACUUUUGGCCUUAUUUCUUAGCAAUCCCUGAUUCGGCUUCUGCAAGUUGGUGAAGUCUGUUAGAAAAUGACAAGAUUAUUAACUGGAAAUUUGUAGCUACUAGUACAUGAGGAUGAUGGGGUAGGAUACAGUUGUCUUUACUAUCGCAUUUGGCAUGUAUGUGUGAUUUCCUUCCAUCUCUCCCAUUUGGAUUAUAUAUUUACAUAGGUGUGAGUGACUGCCUGGUGCUUGUGCCAAGGUGCUAAGCACCCUCCAACCCUGCCAGUUUUUGUGGCCUCCCAAAGCAGUCGUGUUACCAAAGAGGCUUCAGACUUCUCAGUGGACCCCACUUUCCCCUCCACGCCAUUAUUUUCAGUGGGGAAUUCUUGGAGGGGAGCCACUGGCCACAGUAUCAAUUUUAAAUAUUCAUAGCAUUUAUAAUCAUAAAUUCCUUGCUUUGUUGACUCUGGAUUUGCCACCAAGAGUUCCCAAAGUGUUACUUCCCUUCCGUUUUUCCACCCUAAAACUCUUAGUUGGAUCUUUUUUUUUUUUUUUUUUUAGUUUCUGUGGAAGACUAUCAACCUCUGAGAAUGACAGGCCCCAGCAUUAGCAUGUUGAUACAGCCUCUCCCCAACUCAGCAAAGUAUUUCUUUUUUGGCUUCUUCCUGCUUUGCCAUUAUGUUGAGAGAUUAUUUUUCUGACUAUUGCCUUCAGCCUUUGUUCCCCAAGAAACACCCUACUUCUCUUUUCCCUUUUUUUCUUGUAGUUAAAGGGGGCUAGAGAAUCAAGACUAAAAGUAAGGAAAUAGCAGGGUUUUGAACAUCCUUGUCCCAGCCUGAAGCUGAGGAAAUAAGAAUAAAUGCUUGAAAUAGCCUUAACUCUAGAGUUCACCAGCCAUUGAGGUUGUUUUUGUGGUUGGUUUUGAUUUUUAAAACAUAUAGCUGUCUGGCCAGGAGCAUUCAACCAUCUCUAGAUUUUUCAGAGUAAUGAGGGGAAAGGAGAGAUUGAUCCAGUUCACAGAUGAGCCAAAUAAUAUGCAAAUCAUAUACCCAUUCAUAGCAUUUGUUAACAUUGCUUCCCUGCUCAGCUGCUGAUUGAAUUCUGUGUGCUUGUAUAAAUUAUGUCAAAGAUUAUACUGCACAGUUGAGAAGACAGCUGUUGCUGCAGUGACAUGACAGACUGGAACAAUGAAGCUUUUGGUUUUAGCCAUCCAAGAAAAUCCUUCUGAAUGGUAAUGUGAUUGGGUGAGAACUCAUAACCCACACCUCACAUGGGUAGGAGUUUAAUCUCUGUCUUCCCUAACUAAAGGAAUUAGAGGCCUAGAUCAAGGGCUGGAUAAUUGACAGCUGUUAGUACUUAAUCUGAUGGGCAUCUGAAAGAAAGGAUGGUCAGAAAAGAGGUUUUUCAUGCGAGUAACUAAGGAUAUCAAUUAGGAUGUGCUAGAACAGGACAAGAGUAGGCCAGAGCUGCUGAGGAGAUGAUCCGGGUCUCUCAAUUUGCAGGUGGAGAAAAUGACAGCUCAUCCAUGUAGCUAGUGUGUGUCUCCCAGGAGGAGUGGGCAUGUAAACAGUACAGUGACCACGUUUUUAGAGCGCAAAUCUAGGCCAUGGACAAAAAAAAAACAGCCGAAUUAUUUGGUGCUGAGAUUGGUCUUGAGAAACCUGGGACACAUGGUUGCCAGAGUUAUGGGUGAUGUUUAAGACAUUCAUCAAAAUCUGGUUUCUUUCAACAAAAAACCCCCAGUAUUGUCUUCUGUUCAUCACUGCUUUAAUACUUUAGUUUUCACUCCAUUCAUCUUUUUCUGUCCACAGUUAUUGAAAUCAAGGUCUUAUACUGUGUGCUGCCCAAACAACUUGUUCUCUCCAGCCAGUUCUGUAGGAAUAGAGGGAGCCAGCGCCAGUACUCAUCCCAGCCCUUCAGAAGUAAGGAAACUAGACGCCUGCCUGUACCUCCAGCAUUUGAUUGUGUCAAGUAGCUGUCCAGGCCCUUGGAGAACUGCAGCCUGAACAGAAACCUGCUUUCCUCGGGCUUUCUCCUCUCAGAACAGUUAGUAGCCCUGAGCUAAGCACUCUUAAAUACCUAAGUCUCAGGGGCUUAAAGUCUGUUUUUCCUGUGUUAGUCCUCUUUCAAAACAUCUUACUAAUGCUGAGUUUCUUGUAAUCAGCAUUCAAGGAUUUCUCCUGCCACAGAAUGUGGCAGAGCUGUGAGCAGCAGAGUCUACCAAGUCAGCAUGGCUGCUUCUCUGAGCCCUGGGCUGGACAGAAGCCCUCACGUUAAGAUCAGCUGUUAGAGAAUGUCAGCCCUGAUGGAAGCACCCGUUUUUAACCUGGAGAGGGCUAUAUCAUUUUUCCUUCUGCAGUCCAGUUUUCCUCUGCUCAAGGGAGCAUUUGGAUCUGUGGUAUUCUAACACUCGAAAGUUUAGAUGGUUCUUGGCAGUCCCUCAGCCAUAUAUCUGUACUACUUUUUAUUGUUGAAGAAAAGCUGGUCUUGUUCUUGGGCAGUUUUCAAUUAUUCUUAACUCUUUGUUCCUGUGCUGUAGCCUUCCUGCAGUUCAAUUUCCUUAUCUUUAGGCCAAAUCCUGGGGCCUGGGGGAAGGUGCUUGUGAUUUUCAUCUUGUGAUUUGGUUGGAUCUAUUUUUAGCCCAGCUUACCUAAGGUGCAGAGGGGUCAGAGGGAUCCAUGUUUGGGCCAGCGAGUGAUUGUCUUUGCCCUUAGGGUUUGAAUUCUGGGGCCUAAAAUAAGAUCGCGGUGACACAAGAACCUCAGGAAGGGUUAUGUCAUUGGAUUUGAGAUGUGGAAAUGGUUUCUUACAAACGAGGUAAAAAAACAGCUCAUUUAGCACCCGUAACUCCAUCCUUUUGGUUUAGGUUUUUAGAGUGAAGGUUAAGAGUGCUGAGGUGUGUACUGUUGUAACUAGACCACCAAGCAAGCAUACUUGUCAGGGCAGAGAGAGGAAAGGUCUAAACCCAGUGUAUUUAUUCAUUUUGGCUCUACCACUCAUCAUAAAAGUUACAUUUUUCAAAAACAGAGGUGUUACCUGGCUUGCCCCUAAAAGCAUAUGCGCAGAAUUGGGGUCCCCACCUGCCCAGUUAGUCACUGGAUUUGUAUUGAGCUAUCCAGUUCCUGUCACAUUAGUGUACAUCAGCAUUUACUUCAUUCAAUGGACAGUUUUUUGGCCCUGGGGAUGCAAAGUUCAAAAAGAUGCAGUCCCUGACCUCAAAGAAUUUUCAUACCGUUGCAUAGUGUAAUAAAUGUUAUAAAUGGGCACAUAUUUUAUAUUUGGGGGCAGAGACCACUGGUUGGUGUAGUUUGUGGUUCUAGAGUAGUAGGGUGAUGGUUAGGUUCGUGUGUAGAAAAGAUCUGUGACCUUGGAUGAACCAAGGUAACUGGCCAUAGAUGAACUGCAAGGGUUUGUUUUAGCCCAAAAAGUAAAGAUAACAGGUUUAGUUAGAAAUGCUACUCCUGAGAGAGAACAACAGGUUAAGUGGGGGUUGAGAACCCCUGGGUUUGGUCCCUAGGUUCUUUGCCGAAGUAUUUAUUAGUAUAGUUAAUCCUUACUUGUGGAAAGCAUCAACUGUGUUGCAGAGCCAGUUUUGUGUUGUUACUUCAUCGUAGAUUCUAUAAAAUGUAUUCCUUGCAGAUCAAGAGUUGCUCACACCCUUUUCAGUUUCUCAUCCUUUUUGAAGGAAUUAACAUGAGGCUGACUUGGAGCUUAAAACAGGGACAUACUUUCCAGUGACAAAAGAUGUGCUGAAAAGAAGGCUUGGGCCCAUCUGAUGACACCUGGGCCUCUGUUCUGGACAGUGUAGUUUUAUUUCACGCUGCAAGAUGGUGAUAUCUAAGGAGAUAUUUGCGUCAGUUAUGCAGAAGCCUCCCAGAAAUACAUGUGACCUGGAGUUUUGGACUUAAUCUGUCUGGGGAGGUCCAGGGUGAGGCCGAGCCAUGCUAAGAAAGCCAUGCUAAGAAACAGUCUGACCUUAAGCAAUGUCCUAGUUCUGACCAUGUGACCACAGGAAAAAUGAUACUUUUCUCUGCCUGCAUAAUUGAGAGUUGGAUUAAUUGAAAGUUGACUUAAAGGUGAAGGUUCUUUGGAUAGCUUCAUAAAGAUUCUAGUUUCUUUUUGCUUGCGCUGAAUUUCUUGAAUUUUAAACUACCUCAUCUUUUUAGAGUUUCUUCAGUUUGUCUUUGCCACUUUAACAUCGUGCUUUACUGACUGUUUUCUCAGAUAGAAUAUUUCCUCUUUGUUGAGAGCAUGUUUUCUAGCCUUCUGUUCUGAUCCUCAUUUCACCUAACAUUUCAUGUUGCUCCUCUGUCAGAGAGAUGUUUUAAGAUAGUUUAAAAUCUUGGUUCAUUGGAAUAAAGUGAUCCUCCUGCUAUUUGUCUCUGAGGUCAGUAAGAGAAGGAGUUAAAACAAGGUGGUAGGGGAGGAGACAGACCCUGCACUGGAGGCAGCCAACAAGGGAAGAGCCAUUAAUUAAGACAAUUUCAAAGUCAACUGAUUGUGAUCAUUAAUGUCACAAUAGAUCAAAACCUAAUUAUCACAGCCUAGGUAAGAGCCAUCAGUAUUAAUCAGAAAAUCUAAUAGGAAACUAUUAUCAAGAAAUUAGGCUAAAUUGAAUGCAAUGAACUUUUUAUCUUGUCAUUCUCUCUCCUCUCCUUUUUCUCUUUUUCUUUUUUAAUUUGGUGAUGUCCCCUGGCAUUGAUAAGUGUGACCCUCACAGUUGACCCAGGACCCAAUGGCCAGUUUGUCAUGCUUUUUGAAGAAUUCUAAUGCAGACUGACCCUGAACUGUCACUGCUGCUUUAAUCAGUCUUGAACUUUCUCAUCACCUGGACUUACCCAGUGUGAUCAGCAAUCAAUGAAAAAAGGUUUAUAUUUAGGUCUUGAAGUGGUUGGUCCUUCCUGGAACUAGAGUAUCCCUGGUGAACGUGAUACUGUGUGUGUUAACUCACUGUUUGAGCUUCUGAUGUACGUAGGAUCCUAUUGCUUUGGCUACUGCAAGUAUGGAGGAAAGGAGGUGCUUCCUGCCUGGAGGUUCUUCAAAAAGACUUUAGAAGAUGUCGAGUGUCAUCAUAUCACGGCACUUUUAAAGGUUCAAGUCAGUGUUUUGCAGUUUCCAGUAGCUUACAAUUUGAUUCUAAACCAGUACUGGCUGUGGGUUUAGUUUAGUUUAUCCCCUAGUUUUAGGAUAACAGUCAGUGAUUUCUACCAGAAUCCAGUAUAAAUCCAAAGGGGGUGGGGAUAUGUUUUUCUUUUGCCUUUUGUUAAAGAUUUAGGCCUCUGGCAGGAGGUAGGAAUAUUACAAGAGUCUCUGACUAGUUAAUAGAGAUCACUUCAUACCACUUCGUACCCUCUCCCUAAAUGGAAAAAUAAGUGUCACCAUCUGUCUCCUUCAUCUUGAACUGAUGUGAAGAUACCACAACUCCUGAGGUUGAGCUGAGGCAGAAAGGGUGGAAAGCUGCCACCCCUGGGUGUCAUGGGGGAAGGACGAGUGGCAGCAGCUGGUUGGUGCCAAGGUUCCCAGGGGAGCCUGUAGAGAAAGUUGCCACUGCUGUUGGUGGCCUUUCCCCACCAGCGUGGAGCUCAGAGCACUCCCCACUGCCGCUGAGGAAGUGGUUCUUGGCUUUCUGCUUGAGCGUGGUCUCGCUUCAUUCUGAAUUUCAGGGUUUGGGUUACUCAGUAUAGAACUAUGAGAAGUCAGUGUGACUUAGUCCUUCACAUCUUAUGAUAAACUGAGUAUUUCUUUAUAAAAGAAUUCAUGCCCUUAAUGUUUAAAGUGUAACUUUAUUUUCAAAACGCCCAUUAACGCAUGACUUUCGGAAGUAGGUUGUUCCUUCUCCAAGACUCCUUGUGUUAUGCUGGAUAAAUAAUAGGCCAUCAGUUAAUACUUGAGGGUUGAUUAAGUUCAUCUGGUUUGCAGAGUGAGAUGUGCCUACCGACUUCUUUUGCUCUCAAGUGCACUCUGAGAAAAAUGCUCCAGGGUGUGGAACAAGAAUUGAGUGGAUUUUGACUGUGUGCCAAGCUCCUCCACUGAUUCAUAAUGGCUGACCUUGGGCAAGUCACUCCUUUCAAUGCCUCAGUUCCCCAUCUGUCAAAUGGGGGUAAUAAUACUGACCUACCUCACAGGGGUGUCGUGAGGCAUUGUAAAUCAUAGCUGACAGAAUACUUAAGGGUCCUCGAUGGAGGAUGCCUUGAGCCGAAGUCUAGGUUUUUGUCCUCACUGAGUUGUCCCAAGGCUGGAACUACUUAGUGACCUCGGCAAGUUCUCUGCCCCCCACCCCUCAUCAAAGCUGCUAGUUCAGAUGUUGACAGUGUUUUCAUGAAUGAGUCUUCAUAGUUCAGACUUAACUUAGGAUGUUACGGGGCACGGCACUCAGUAUUUCUGUCUUGCAUCCACAAAAAGAAGCUGUUUGAGACCUGAGAGCAUUGGAUUAAGGAGUCGGGUGCUGCUGCUUGUUUCUCUGCAGGUUGGGAGUUAAGGCUUGGAACAUACUGGAGCUGUCUCAGGAGCGAAGUACACACCGUGGGCGUGCUUUAUGUUCUCACUCCCUGAACUGAUCCCAGGAUAUCUGGGUCACCACCUCUUCUAGACACCUGUCCUCCAGCCUCCGCCUCCUCAUAGGAACCAGCUGGUUCAGUAAACGUAACUGCUUCCUCCAUCCCCCACCAAACAAAGAGCCACAGUAGAAGUUUUUUUUUCUGGGGACAUGAUUAACACUCAGAAUUGGGCAUUGAUACUCCUGAGAGCUUCAGCCAGUUCACUGUUUUCAGCAUCUGUCAUCUCUUUCUCAGUGUCCACAGUCUGAACCUGACUGACCUUUUUUCCUUCUGGUUCGGGAAAACUUUCGGACACUAUCUGCCCAGGUGUGGACUCAAGAGCCUUACUCUCCGUCUCAGUCUAGGGGCUCAGCCGGCUCCUGUUCUUCCCAGUAGGGCUCUUUCUCUCCCUCUCCUUGGCCCUAGAUGUGUAACCCACGAGAAAGCACAAGGUCCUGGCCCCUCGCCGCAGUCACAUUCCAGUUCUUGGUGUUUCGUGGACUCCUGUUCACCGCGCCAGCAGCACCAGGCGGUUCUGGGGAGGCCUGGAGGAUGGAGAGAGCACCGCCUGCCAUCCUGCCAAGUAGUCAGGAGCUGAUUUGCCCGCAGCCCACAGGCCUUCCCACCCCUUCCCACAGGAUGGGCUCCGAGAGACUUCAGGAGCUGGGUUUCUUCAAGCACUCAGUACCAUCCUGAGCAGCAAAACAAAUCACACUUUGUAGCCAGAUUUCUGAAUGGAAAAAUGGGAAAUUGAGUUCUCUAUGGACCUUUUUUGAUUUGUGGGGGAGUUUUGGUUGUGUUUCUUGGUUAUAUUUCAGCCAAACAUGUCUGCUUUUGAUUUUUUUUUUUUUUUAGGAUAAGUGAUAUAUAUAUAUGUUCGCCUUUUAAAUGUAAAUGUUUCAAAGUAGGCAAUUUACGUGUUUCCACACCUGACAUCUGAUGCAGACCUCAUUCUCUCCCCUCUUCCGUCCACCCCCUUUCCCUCUUUUCAUACUCUUGUAUUGGUUCUAAUAAAUGGUUGCUUUUCAAGUA